GGCACGCCUCAAAUAUUUUCACGUGCCCACCCUAAUGCGCGUAUCAUGAAAACAAUCGAAAUUGUUUGUCAUAUAGAAGAUUCGAAACCAACGUCGCCGCGUUUUGUACCUUGCAUUACAACAGAAGACCGCUUUGAAAAUGCGGUAAUGGAAUGGACCUCAAUACAAGAACUUAUAUCAAGCUGGAAGCAACAUGUCUUACAUGAAUCUUUUUAUUAUGGAGGGUGCACUGCCGAUAUCUUAAAGAAUAUUGAUAUUGUCGUCGAUUUUUUAAAUGUGUUUCAUGAGCAGCAACUUGUUGGCUGUAAAACCGCUCAAGAAUGUGUCACCAAAUUUCCCAAAGGUGGGCAAUUGUUAACAGAUUUGGCGAAAAAUAGAAUUCUUGUCCUUCAUUCGGAAACUUGCCGAUUAGUUGUGAAAUGUAUUUUAGAAUAUUCUAAAUGCGUAUCUGAGUUUCCAGAUUCAUUGACAAACUCGAACUAUCAAUCAAAGAAUUGGUGCCUAAAUAAAAUAAAAUCUUUGUUCUUUCGACAUAAUCCUUCUUAUAAUCGUGAUAAUGCCUCGGAAUGCAUAGCUAGAUCAUGCGGUGCUGGAAAUUAUGAAUUGCAAAAGAUUAUUGUCACGGAGUCUGUUACUGUAAUCAGGGAAUUUUUGGAAACAAUUAUAACAAAUUCAAUAGUAAUGCCGUCUCAAUAUUUCGUCAAAAUUUCCGAACAAUUUUUACCACUUUUGGAUGAAUCGUCAAUGUGGGAAAUGGCCGAUCUUAUAAUUCGAUCAGCAACAAGUAGAGCUUUGAAUGUAACAUCGUAUACGGACAAUUGUGAAGUGUUAUCAUGCAAGUUUGUUGAAAAAUUAGUCUUUUCAGAAUCGAUAUUUGAUAGACUUAGUAUUGAAGCGAAAUCUGGGCAUGUAAUGCUGGUAUUUUUUCAAGCUCGAUUAAAGUUUAUUUCACCUCCAUCUCAGGUCAUGAAACUUUUUGGACAUCUACUAUUUUCCAGGGAAAAAGAAUAUAUGGCACCACGAGAAAUAAAGGAAGCCGUACGAAAUGAACUUUUAUUUCAAAGAAUGAUAAUACAUCCAAGGAUUUGUCAUCUAUGCUUUGAUAUUUUGACGAAGUUGGUUAUCGAGUCUCCAGAUUGGCGCAUUCUUCGCCUUGUAAGGUAUAUAAUACAACCUAUUUUUGAGAGUGACUUUCGAAAUGGGUAUUCUUCCUUAGCGGAGUAUCUUCCUCAACCUUUCGCGGAUCUUGUUUCCAAUCUUACAAAUUAUAUUUCGGGGGCACAUGACUUCUCAAUGAUCAAUUCUUGCAUUAAACAAUUUUUAUUGAGCCAAGGCCUAUCAGAUGUCAGAAUGUGUAGAAAGCAAGUAUGGAUACUAUUGAUGUCAUUUCCAAAGUGGCAUUAUUGGAUUAUUGAAGUAAUUUUUGACGAAUUACUCUUUCCUGAAAUUAGUGAACUAGAAGAGCCAAUACGUUAUCUAGCAUGGUUAGUGUGCCCAAGAGAUGAUAAUACUAUCAUCACUCUUACUAAUACUAUAGUAGAUAUUAUAAUAUCCGUAAGAGAGUGUUUGUCAGUGUCACAACAUAGAAACGAAAAAAUUCUUUCGUGUCUUGAACGAUAUCAACCUAUUUUUACAAAUCAAAUGAUUUUAGUGGAUAUUAUUUUAGGAUUAUGGCCAGUUACCAACUCCUUAGAUUUAAUGAAGAAACUUGUAAGAUUUUCUAGGAAGAAUGAUGGUGUCAAUUUAACGACAUUAACGCUUAUUUUAGAUUAUUUUUAUGAAACGCAAGUUACGGAAAACGAUUCCGAAAUGAAAGAUUUUUUAAAUAAUUUGCAAGGAAUAUAUAAAAAUUCUUUAUCAUCGCACAUUGAUUCUCAACCUGAGAAUAGAUAUUCUUCGUUGGUUCAUGGUCAACGUAUCGUAAUUAUUCCAGAAUUUACACUUGAAUCUGGUUAUACAUUACAUCGGGUUCCAGUAGCAUAUAAAACUUGGGGGAAGCUUAAUGUAGACAGAAAUAAUGUAAUGGUGAUAUGUCAUGCACUUACUGGAAGCGCUGAUGUUCAGGAUUGGUGGGGACCUCUGAUUGGAAAGGGAAGAGCUUUUGAUCCCACAAAAUAUUUUAUUUUUUGUGGGAAUGUUCUUGGAUCACCUUACGGUACUGCGUCCCCUGUUACGAUUAAUCCUGAUACAGGAAGUAUAUAUGGUCCGGAAUUUCCUUUGACAACACCUCGAGAUGAUAUUGCUACGUGCCUAGGUGGUUCCAUGGGUGGUAUGCAAGUGCUUGAGUGGUUAUUCUUUGGACCUGAAUAUGUAAAGACAAUUAUUCCUAUUGCUACUUCUGCUCGACAUUCUGCAUGGUGUAUAAGUUGGAAUGAAGCACAAAGACAAUCUAUUUAUAGUGAUCAAAAGUAUUAUGAUGGGUUUUAUCAAUUAAAAAAUGAGCAACCAACAACAGGCCUUGCAGCUGCGCGCAUGUCUGCGCUUCUUACAUACCGUUCUAGAAAUUCUUUUGAGUCUCGAUUUGGUCGUAAAUAUCAAGAUAUAAAUAAAUAUCCAACAGAUGAUGAUUCCCCAUUUGCGAAACCAAAAACACCAGCAGAGAAUGCUUUAUCUCUACAUAAUGAUGGCCUUCGAAGUAAUAAUAUUAAUGAUAAGCCUUUCAAAUCAAUGGAUCAAAAUGACAACAAUAAUAUAUUUUUAAAGCAAACAAAUAACCAAGAUAACGAUAUUGUCGAGUCACUUGAUAACGGUGGAUAUAUCCAAGAAAACAACAAUGAACAUUCGACUGCCGCCGUACCGCAUGUAUUUUCGGCUCAGUCGUAUCUUAGAUAUCAAGGAGAUAAAUUUGUUAAAAGGUUUGACGCUAAUUGUUAUAUAAGUCUUACACGUAAGAUGGAUGCACAUGAUAUAACAAAGGGUAGGGGUGAUUUGAGAGAGGUAUUAAGCAGCAUUAAACAGCCAGCAUGUAUAAUUGGAAUUGAGUCGGAUGGUCUUUUUACUAUAUCUGAACAAUAUGAGUUAGCAGAAUUUAUACCAAAUUCUGAGAUGAUAACUAUUAAAUCACCGGAUGGUCAUGAUGGUUUCCUUCUCGAGUUUGAUCAAAUUAAUCGGCAUAUUCUCCGCUUUACUCGUGCAUAUUUAUCCGGAUUAUUUGAGGGAGAAUCAGGCGAAAAUGGUGUACAAGAAAACAAUAUAGAUGAGAAGUUGGUGGCUACUAAAAGUAGUUUGUUUGGUGAGGCAGAAGUUGAUGACAUGAUGAAAUGGUGA